UCGCUGGCCUGUGUUUUAGUUUCUUUAGGCAUCAACGCCGGGAACCAUCAACCACGUCAGCGAAACUUUAGCGGGAUGUUUGUACGACAGAGUAUCAAGAGGUUGGCGCUGCCCGUGGCAGUGGCCAUGGUGUUGAUGCUGGUGCAUCAUGCCCAUCCGGUCAGUGCCGAUCGGUUUCAGGACAACAUCUUCUUCAACUACUACAACUCUUCGGGAGAUCUCGUGCACAUCUACAACCUGGCGGAGAACAACACGUACGAGUACGACGACGAGUGUCACCCGGGCGCCAAGUAUGCGAUCGUUGUGUUCGGGUGGAAGAUUGACUGUGAAAAGUACUUUGUGCAGGAUCUCAUUCGAAAUCUAACCGAAUACCGUGGAGGCUGUGUGAUGUGUAUGAAUUACGAUCGCUUCGCGCAACUGCCAACAUACGCCCGGCUGCGGCGUAACUUCAAAGACAUCUAUGGUGUGCUGAAGCAGAAGCUAGAGUUCCUCGAAAAGGAAGGCUUCAGCCCGGACAAUGGUUUUCUGUAUGGGUUUAGUUUUGGAGCUCAGGUGGCACUGGCCGCCGCCAAAGAGUACGGCACACGCAAACUCAAGGAAAUAGAUGCCUGUGACAUCGUUGGCACCGGCUUCGACACCACAGACGUCAAUGCGCCCAACCACCGUACGGCGGCCAAGAACGUGCAGUGCAUUCACACCAGCCGGAAUUAUGGCACGCGCCAUCGGACCAGCUGCCAUCAGGAUUGGAUUAUGGGCGACUGCGGUAUCAAUCAGCUGGCAGCACCCCUGUCCCCGUGGGGUUCGCACGGCGUCUGUACGCUGCUGUACAACGCGGCGUUCGAGCAUGACUUCUUGGCCCGCGCCAAACCAUCCAACUGUACCAGCGAGUCCGAGGUUCGGUCGUGGCCCGAAGGCUUCAAGAUGGGGUACAACGAACAGCGCAAGGCCACCGUACGGGGUCAACUGUUUGCGCCCACGUUUGCGGAGUUCCCGUUCAACGUUAAUGUGACGGCUAGCUCCAACACAACGACAACGGUGCGUCCACCGGCCAGUGCGAACGAUAUUGAACAGUUGCCAGGGUUCGAAUUCCGCUCCGCUGCGAAUGAGCUGCUGCUCGAGGGGGAGAACAACGAAUCGGAUGAGCAGGAUGAGAGCUAAAGUAGGGACCGGGGCGGGUCGAAUUGAGUGCGCGCUAACGUUUAACGAACCGAAAAACUAAUGCAUUCCACGAUUUUGUCGCAAGUACCGCAAGCGGUUGCGGCAGCGAAGGAAAACCGCACCAACGGAAAAGGGGCGAAAGAAAGAUAAUCAGAUCAAAUGCUGGUAUGCUGGUGGGCAGUUUUUGGAGUAGUUUUGUGUGUGCCUCUGCCUCUCUUUCUCGCUGCAAUGGUGCAUGAAGGGAAGGAGAACACGAAUUUCCUCCGUUUUGGUUGGCACCCAAACGGUUCAGUUGUUCAUUGAUUAGUUGUGCUCAAAAUCGUUUAUUGAUUGCAGUAUUGCAGGCUUUGCCGGUCUGUCGAGGGUAAUUUUUGAGCAGCAAUAGAGGAAAAAGUAUUAUGAAACAAAACAGGAAUGAAAUAAAUAAUAUUUAACAUUA